AUGCCCAUUAGACGACUAGAUCAGCUGGUGGUCAACAGAAUCGCUGCAGGCGAGAUCAUCAUCCAACCAGCUAACGCGCUCAAAGAGCUUCUAGAGAACUCCGUUGAUGCUGGAGCCACAAGCGUGGAUAUUCUCGUGAAAGACGGAGGAUUGAAGUUUUUGCAGAUUACAGAUAACGGAUCGGGCAUCAAUGUUGACGAUAUGCCGCUUCUUUGUGAGAGAUUCGCAACAUCCAAGCUCAGUCUGUUUGAAGACUUGGAGAGUUUGGCAACUUACGGGUUUCGAGGCGAGGCAUUGGCGUCGAUAUCCCAUAUUGCAAGAUUGAGCGUGAUUUCGAAAACAAAGGAGUCGCUGUUGGCCUACAAGGCGUUCUACAAUGCGGGCAUGUUGGCUACGAAUAAGUUCAAGGUGGAUGACGAGAGCAAGACGGCACCAAAGCCUGUUGCAGGCAAAAACGGAACACAAAUUACCGUUGAAGACCUCUUCUACAAUACGCCAUCGAGAUUACGGCUGAUGAAGCUGAAACUGGACGAACUUGCGCUGAUAUUGGACGUGGUUGGAAAAUACGCUGUACAUACCCAGGGAGUCGGAUUCACGUGUAAGAAGUUUGGCGAGCUGACGCCGGCUUUGGCUACGAGGCCACAAGCUGAAUUGAAGGAGCGUUUGAGGACGGUGUAUGGUGUGAGUGUGGCCAGUGACAUUAUAGAGUUCAGCAAAGAGGGUCCUUCGGAGUACGGACUCAUGAAGGUCAGCGGUGCCAUCACGGGGCUCAACUACAACAACAAGCGGAGAGCCGUUCCGGUGUUUUUCAUCAACAAUCGUCUGGUUUCCUGUGAACCGCUUAAGAGAGCUUUGGUCUCGUUGUACCAGGUAUUUCUACCCAAGGGCACGUACCCAUUUUUCUACCUUAGUUUGGAGAUCAAGCCGCAAAAUGUUGAUGUAAACAUCCAUCCAACGAAAAGAGAAGUCAGGUUUCUCUACGAGGAAGAGAUCAUCGAGUGGAUCACCGGUUUGGUCCACGAUACGCUAUCAUCGCACGACACCUCCAGAACAUUCAAACAAAGCACAUUCAAGCGGGGCAGUGACGUCGAUGACGUCGCAACGCAGGUCAAGAAAUAUCGUCAAGAAAACAAGCUUGUCAGGGUGGAUGCUUCGCAGCCCAAACUUGAAGCAUUUGUGUCAAAUCAGAACAAUGAGGAGGAUGACGAGGUUGAGGUGGAGGAACGCAGGGAGGUGCACCUUGACAGCAUACGAGAGUUACGCCAGGAAGUACUGGAAAAUGUUUACCGGCCAUUGACAAAUGUGUUCAACAACUUGGUCUACGUUGGUGUUGUUGAUGGAAAUCGCCGCUUAUGCUGCUUUCAGUACGACGUGAAGCUUUUUCUAUGCGACUACGGCGCCGUCCUUGCAGAAUUCUUCUAUCAAAUCGGCCUUCUAGAAUUUGCCAAUUACGGCCGAUACGAGCUCGACCCUCCCAUUUCACUCCACGACCUUCUUGCCCCGCUAUACGAAACAAGGGGUGACCUAGUUGCCCGUGAGGACGUCGUCUCCGCUAUUACUGGAAUGUCUGACAUGUUUUUGGAGUACUUUGCCUUGCACAUUGAACAAGGCAUGCUCCACUCGGUGCCAUUGCUCUUGACCGGUGCAGAGCCAGCCUUGGUCAAGUUGGCCCAUUUUGUCUAUAGAUUGGGCACAAAGGUUAAUUACCAGGACGAAAAAAAAUGUCUUAGUCAGGUGCUCCGUCAAAUCGCUCUCCUCUAUGUGCCCUCACCCACGGACACUAACGAGGGAUUCGAAAAACUCGAAAAUAUUAUUUUCCCAGCGGUUCGCCAAAAGCUCGUGGCGCCGGCCAAGCUCAUGGACCAUGUUGUCCAGAUAGCCGAUCUCCCGGGACUCUAUAAGGUUUUUGAGAGAUCAACCACUUGUUUCUUUGAAAACAUCAUGUUGAUCGAGGCCUCCGCCAACGACAGUUACAUGAAAACGCUCUCCUUGGGGAGCUUUCCACUGAAGGUCCUUGAUUUUCAAGAGCUGCCUGAUUUCUUCCAGCAGACCGUGUUUGUGGACUACCAGCUCCAGUUGCUUAUCCAACACGAUCUCGGCGAUGCUAUUGCCUCCAGAAAAAACUCUGAUGCGGCUAAGCUGGCGCUGGAGAAGUUGGCUCAGUUGAAAAAUUACAUAUCGUCCAUUGGUGCCAAUUACUCUGCCAGAAACAAGUCCUACGAGGAAGCUCUCUACCACACCGUGGUCUUGGCCGACUUGCACUACUUGAGCGGGGAAUAUGAGCAAAUGCUGGCCACUCUCUCGUCGUUCACGUUGUCCAAGUCGCCCAGACUCGACUCUGAGGCCCAGGAGGACUUGGUGGACUACUUGACCGCCAGGUUCUAUGCCCUCUACGGCUCUGGAAAGAGAGAUGGUGCUUACAAGCACUGGCUUGAAUACUUGACCAACUUAACAAAGUACGGAACAAAGAGCCAGAUUGCCGCCAAUCGCUGGCAGGACACUAUCUUGCUCAGAGUCGUUGGCCUUUUGAGCUCCAACGGUAGCAGACCUCUUCGGUUCAAGGACAUUCUUGCUCAAUCGUUCAACGAAAACGCUUGCAGCAUCACUGCAAUCUCGAGUUUCUGCUUGAGACCAGAGAACGAGAAGCACGUCGUCAAGGAGUUCCGUGGAGACUUUGUGGUGUUUUUGACCGAGUUGGUCAACUCCAAGAUUAAGCAAAAGAGGGACUUCCCUGAUGCUCUGGCCGAGCUCAGCGAAGAGGAUAACUUCAUUGACUCCCUUUACGAAGCUCUUUACGACAUCUCCACCCAGCGCCCACUUGUGGCCCAAGUGCUCAAACCAAAGCUUUCCAAGAAGUUCUUGGUGAACAUGACCGAAAAGACUUACCAGAGUUUCACUGUGCUCUCGAACUUAAUCAGAACAUUGCUUGACUUGGAAGAGUACGACGAGGCUAUCGCUGCCCUCAAGACCUACAUCGACUACGUUGAGAAGGAUCUGGAACAGAACCACGGCAGAGUCCAGAACAUCUUAGACGUCAUUGACAUUUACACCAUGUGUAUCCAGCACUUCAACCCUAAACACUCCAUGAUCCCUGCUUCUCAGGAAGCCGACAUUCCCAAGAAGUUCCGCUACACCAGCUUGUACUCUGUGGUGGAGCAGCUUAAGGGCUUUUCCAAACAACUUUUACACUACUUGGAUGAGCUUUCCAAGGUUGCAGACUUGCAGUAUGACGAAGCAGCCGGCUUGCAAGACAACAGAUUAUCUUUCUUGUACCACAGAUACAACACUAACUUGGUGAUGACCGACCAGUCCAAGUUCGUACGUAUUGUGUCAAAGGCCUGGUUUGUGAUGGGUGAUCUUCACUCCUACUUGGCUUCUCACCUGUCUGCAACUCACGAGAUCAUGAAGGACAACACUGAGACUGUUCUCAAAUACUGGAAAAACAGUUUGAUUGUCAACUCUACAGGCAACUCGACCUUGCUCUUCAAGUAUGCAUUGGAGUUGUCCUACAAUAACCUUGUGGAGCCAGCCUUGAAGUUGUGCAAGUUUGCAUUGAAGAAAUACCCUGAGCAAUUCCAGGUCUGGAACUUGUUGGUGUUGUUGCACUCUGCCGCUGAGACUGAGAAGAGCAGCACAGACAAUGAAAUCAACCAGGUGAACCACGCUGCAAUCUUGGACGACCUCAAGAAGUCCGGCACGGACCAGACCAGCUUAGCUGAGUCUGAGAGGUUUGUGGAGGAUGCUUUGAACAUUGCUGGUCUCUACAUGCAAAAGUCCAAACAAAAGGGAACUCCCAUUUCAUUCCAGAAGAAGUACUCUAUCUUGCAAUUGAAGAUGACGCAGCUUGCUAUGUGGGAAGCAAAACAUGGCAUUGAGUUCAUCUUGGACUCCAUCGCCGAAGUCUUUGUCUUGUACCGUGAGUUGUUUGAGCAAGGCGAUGUCAAGGACUACAGCCAGAAGGAAUUGCCACCUCAGCCUCAACACUUGAAUCCAGUUCAGUCCAUUGCCGAGAGCAAAUGGUCCCAUCGUCCCAGUGUUGUUGACCCUGCCAUUCCUGAGCUCAAGGUUGACAAGUCCUCCCUGAGGGAGCACCGUGCUGCCAAAGACAGACUCAAGAGAAAGUUGUCUACUAAGAGUUCCAGCAAAUCAGAGCCCAGACCAUCCAAGCCUGCUGGCCGUGUGUUGCAGGAAGUAUGGUUGUGGGCAGCUUCGAUCUACCUCAGAUUGGGCUCUCUCCAAGAGGCCGAGGAGUGUAUUGUCGAAGCCGAGACCGUGGCUCCACCUAAUGUCAAGACCUACACUUUCUUGGGUCUCUUGACGUCCAAGUCCCGUAAGUUCUUGUCACUCCAAGAGUUUGAGAGAUCUUUGGAGGAGUUCCACCACCCCGAAGAGAAGUUCAACAAGAAGGCCUACGGUGUUACCUUGCUUGGUAUGUGCAAGCUUUUCAUCGAGGACGACGAGCCCGAGAGCUCGCUCUUCAUCUCCAACAAGGACUUGGAUGCUGGAUUGAUCAGAGUCAAGAACUACUUGGAGGAGUACAGCAACUGCUGGCCAUAUGGGCACAACAGCCCAGAACUUUGGUACUACCUUAGCACCAUUUAUGAGAAAUUUGACGACAAGCUCUUGUUCAACGAGGCACUCUGGAAGUGCGUCGAGCUUGAGAACAAGCGCCCAGUCAGAGCAUACCAUGUGUGUGAGGAGUGGGUGUAG